CUCGACUUCAUCACUCCUUAGCCACCGGCGCGGUGUUCCGCCAUGGUGCCGUAUCGAUCCAUUCAUUGCAGUUCGCGACGAUCCAUUCCUUUUGAUCGCAGCAACCAUGCGCUGUCUCAUUCAUUUACUCUUCGGUUCACUCGCCGCCGCCACAGCGCGCGCGGCCAGCGGGGCAGUAUGGGCGACUCCCCACGAAAGCUAUUCGUCUUCUGUUGGCGUCCUGGGCUGCAAGGUCGACACGAACCGCAUCGCAUACUGGCCCGCCUCGGUCGACUGCAACAACAUCUGCGUGAGGCUGAGCUAUGAGGGGAGAUCCGUCCAUCUCUUACGCAUCGACCAAUCCGAGGGCGCCCACGACGUAAGCUACGAUGCUUGGAACUACCUCGUUACUGGCUAUUCUGCCAGGGAAAAGCCGACGACUGGUGGCGCCAUCGCGAUGGAGUAUGAGGAUGCCGACCCCUCGGCCUGCGCCAGUCUAAUACACACCGACGGCAAUAAGCUGCCGUUGAGCGCGGCGAACAGCAUGAACUAUCUUGCCAGUUGCCUCUCGCAGGACAGCUGGGUCGGCAAGAACUACGUUCUCUACAACAUCCUCGAUCCGGUCUGCUCUUGGGGCAACGACGAAAUCUGCACCCUUGACUGGCCGACUGCGAACCAGGUCGUUGCCAACGGGUCGCAAACGAGUGCAGGGGCAGCGACUAUCAAUCCGCCCUUGAACCUGAGCGAGAAGUCGGGGAGUCGUACUUGGAGGACCAACAUGGUUAGGGUGGCGGCUAUGAGCUCGUUUGGGACGGCGGUUGUGUCAGUUUUGGAUACCUUGGAUACCCCUUUGCGCAUGAAUACACGCUCUUAUGAUGAUUGGCCGAACUCAUCGUCCCUCUCCCGCUGUUCCGCAGACCAGUCCCCGGCGCGAUUCGUCCCAUGAAGCAUGACGUCCCGUGACACCACCUUACUGUCCUUGCUCUACCUCACGACUGGGGUCAGGUAUACAUUCAACUUCCCUUUCUCCCA